CGAUGACGCCACAAACAAAGUAAUAAAUGCGGUGGAAGAUUGCAGUCCUACCACAGUUUGUGACCAUCAUCCUUUCAUUCAAAGUGGACUUAGAUCUUCAAGUGCUCAUCAUGAAUUUCAAUUCCAUAAAUCUCGGAUUACUUCUCUGUGCUGCUCUAGUCUCAUCCCAAAAAAGUUGCCCCCAACCGGACGGAUACUUUGCGGAUCCUGCGCAAUGUGACGCUUAUACGGAAUGCAAGGACGGCGUUGCGGAGCAGGCCCUUUGUCCAGAAGGGUUAAUGUUUAACGACAAGUUGACCGAGUUUCCGAGAUAUCCAUGCUCAUACCCUCAGGAGGUCGAUUGUGGGGGACGAUCAAGAACGCAACCCAGCCAAUCCUCGGCAGAUUGUCCCCACCAAUACGGAAUGUUCCGCUCCUCCUCGUCUUGCGAAGGGUCAUUUUUAAACUGCGUCGCAGGGAAAGCAAUUCCUCAUGAAUGUCCUGAAGGUCUCGCGUUCAACGAAGCGAAACUCCAAUGCGAUUGGCCAGAUCAAGUUCAAGGGUGCGAUACGGCUUCUUUCCUGAGGUUUAGCUGUCCAGGAUUGAGAGUGGAAGCCGACUUGGGGCACCCAAGAUAUUCAGAUCCUUCAGACUGUAGAAAAUUCUUUGUUUGCGUGGAGAACACAAAGCCAAGGGCACACAGUUGCGCCGUUGGAUAUGUAUUCAAUCCGGAUCUUGGUGUCUGUGAUGAACCACAAAAUGUCCAAGGAUGCUCGAAUUAUUACCCGAAGGAGGUCUUGGAUGCAAUUCAGGCAUUAAGGAAAUUUGAUAAUAAGCUACUGUAGUGCAUGUCGAUGUACAUUUGUAUACGUGACAUCAAAUUUUGUGAUUGCACAAUUUAAACGGAAAUAAUAUGCAUGUACACAAUUUACAAGAAAAUAAAUAAAUGGGCUUACUAAAAUUUCAA